AGAAAAAACAAUUUGAUCAUUAUGAUUCUCUCUCCUCUCUGUCUUCUUUAUUGGUAAAUUUGUGAAACGAAAUGUGAUACGAAUCAAUGGAUUCCACUCGAAAUUCUCUGAGUUGGAGUUCUUUGACAAUCUCAGAGAAAAUUUGUGCUUCAUUUUUCCCCAUUAUUGCACUCAUUGAAGCUUGUAUGUAUGCUGUUUCUGGUUGCUUCGAAUGUCAUUACCCUCCAAACAAAAAGUUCAGUUACGAAUACACGGACCUUGCUCGACUUGCCGGGGAAUCUCGAUUUAAUGUGAAUGAAGUGGAAGCAUUAUACGAGUUGUUUAAGAAGUUGAGUUGUUCAAUUAUCGAUGAUGGUUUGAUACAUAAGGAAGAGCUUCAGCUAGCCUUAUUUCAAACUCCACAUGGUGAGAAUCUCUUUUUGGACCGGGUUUUUGACCUUUUCGAUGAAAAGCAGAAUGGAGUUAUUGAGUUUGAGGAAUUUAUCCAUGCACUUAAUAUCUUCCAUCCAUAUGCUCCAAUAGAUGAUAAAAUAGACUUUGCCUUUAGGCUGUAUGAUUUACGACAAACGGGGUACAUUGAGCGAGAAGAAGUUAAGCAAAUGGUAAUUGCAAUUCUGAUGGAAUCUGAAAUGAGGCUAUCUGAUGAACUAGUUGAGGAAAUUAUUGAUAAGACAUUUGCUGAUGCUGAUGCUGAUGGGGAUGGCAAGAUUGACAAGAAGGACUGGAAAGAGUUCGCUAUCAGAUACCCAUCAUUGCUGAAGAACAUGACUCUGCCCUAUUUGAAGGACAUCACUACUUCAUUCCCAAGUUUUGUCUUCCACACACAGGUUGAAGACAUUGAGAAAAUCCAUUUGUUGUGACAAGUUGUGCACUAGCCAUAGCGAGGAAAUAUGAUCGGGACAGGGAACUCUGUUAAUCUGGCUAAAUGGUUCGUGUCAUCCCUAGAAAUGUCCUCCAUUACAAAAGGGAACAUGUUGAUCAUCAAGUCUAAAGCAGCAGCCAACAGCUCUUCUUCUACUAAAAUGGCUUAAGCUGUCAGCCUGUUAUAAGCAUCUCAUUCAUUUUCAGAAUCAAUCUUCAAAAGUCUAUUGUCUUAGAUGGUGAUUUAAGAUGAUCGAUUGAUAAAUCAUCACAUGUAUUUCUGCCUCAACCUAGCAUCUAGUUACUAUUUGCAGUGUACCCCCAAAAAAAAAAGGGAAAAAGAAAUUGCCGUGUAUAUAAAUUUUUACCAUGAAUUUGUGUAUCUGGUUGUUAUCAGUUUCCAAUUCAGUGAUUGAUGUCCUGUUUAGAUUGUUCAUCUGUUAAGGUCCAAUCUUCAUACUGUACUUAUCCUUUCUUUUACUGAGGAGAUUUAUACUUUGCUGCA